AUGCAACUUAUAAAACUAAACCUGAUAGUUGCUGUUGUAUCUAUUGUAUUUUCUUUUUACGUGCUGAAUUUUUUAUUUGAAAAAGAAGAUGCUUUACUAUUAAACAGACGUGCAUCUCAUGUGAUGCAUUGCGCUAAAGUCUCUGGUGUGCGUCUUCUCUCUCUUUCAGAGUCUCUUGCUGGCCAUAGCAUACUUGUUGCAGAGCCACUUGGAGCAGGAGAAGCCUCCCACAAGGUGAUGCGCUUCUUUACAACAAAUAUACAAAAUCCUUCUUUGAUGGAAUAUAAUCAAAAUAAAAAUAAUGGUAAAGGUUUUUAUGGUGAGAGUGCAAUCAUUAAGACGUUGUUGCUACGUGCAAGUCGUACCUCAAAGGGUGGUGUCGCAAGGAUUCUCCAUCUCUGUUCUGCUACUUCUUGUGUUGGACCCUAUCUUACACAAUACCACUCAGAAGUGGUACGUCAUUCUAGUAAAGAGUCCAUCACUGUGUAUGCACUCAUUUAUGGAGAUGCCGUCCUUGGCCACGGGAUAGAAAAAGAUCUUGCAGAUUUAGGCGUCCAUGUACCUGUAUAUGAGUCUACGGUAACAGAAGAGUCAGCUAUGCCACUUUAUGGAAAUCUAUCGGAUAGAUUUUCUAAAAUAGUUACAAAAUGUACUCUAGUAUAUAAUACUUGUGAAUAUGAGGUAUAUGAGAAGAAUAAUAAUACACCAUUUCUCCAUGUUCCAGUUAUACCACUUAAUAAGGUAGUCUUUGGAAAGUUACCUCUGUCUGGUAUACAGUUUGAUAUGGUACACAUUGAUGUAAACUCAGAUAAUUCUUUAGCAAGUGUAAUAUUUCUCAGAGGUUUACUUUCAUUAUCUUCCCACCCAAAGCACAUUUUUUUAACAGUAUAUCCAUCUCUUUUCACAGAUGAAUUAGUACAUUUGGUGACUACUUUUCGAGAAGAAGCAGGAUAUAAUGUGUUGUUGAUAAAUGGCAGGUGCUCUCUUGCAGGGAAUAACUCUGCUGUUUCCUCUAGUAAAACUUUAAGUGAACUACUUCAACGUGAGAGUCCCCAAAUAUUUUCAAGGGUAAAUUUACAUUCUUAUACUGCUGAACCUCUUUGUGUUUUUUUACUCUCACGUGUUUUUUCCAAUUUAACACAAUUACUGGAUGAAGUGGGGUCUGUUAAACAAGAAGAAGUCUUGGAGAGCUUUAUAUUUGAUUUCCCCUCUGAUGUUAGUCCUAUUGUCAAAACAAGUGAGGUUAGUGGGUUCUGGGUUGUCAUGAAAUACUUACUUUUUGCUGUACCAAUAGCAGUAGUGGGGGUAUUGCUUUGGAGCCUCUUCAGAGGUCGAUGGCGCUCACGUUAUUCACGAAUAAACCAUCGGUAA